GAUCUGUCAUCCGACGUUUUGAGGCAAAGAGGGAAGUUGCGAAGAAAAGGAAGGAAAGACAUUAGCAACCAGAUACAUUUAUCUGGUGUUGACCACUAUUUAAAACGCGAAAAUAUCGCCGAUUAGUGGUCGUCGUUAGGCGCCCUUAUCGUUUUCUUCUGGAGAAGUGUGGCAUCUAGGUUAUGGCAAGUCGGGGUGGUGCUACAAGACCCAACGGGCCGAAUGCCGGCAAUAAAAUCUGCCAGUUCAAGCUGGUACUGCUCGGAGAGUCGGCUGUGGGAAAGUCCAGUUUGGUGCUCCGGUUCGUCAAAGGCCAGUUUCAUGAAUUUCAGGAGAGCACAAUAGGAGCUGCCUUCCUCACUCAGACAGUGUGUUUGGAUGACACAACAGUCAAAUUUGAGAUCUGGGACACAGCAGGACAGGAGCGCUAUCACAGUCUGGCACCCAUGUACUACAGGGGAGCGCAGGCUGCCAUCGUGGUCUACGACAUCACAAACGAGGAAUCAUUUGCACGAGCGAAAAACUGGGUGAAGGAACUUCAGAGACAAGCCAGUCCAAACAUCGUAAUAGCCUUGGCAGGUAACAAGGCCGACCUUGCCAACAAGAGAGCCCUGGACUUUCAGCUUGCACAGUCGUACGCGGAUGACAACAGCCUGCUCUUCAUGGAGACCUCUGCAAAGACAUCCAUGAAUGUCAACGAAAUCUUCAUGGCUAUUGCGAAGAAAUUGCCCAAGAACGAGCCCCAGCCAACCGGCGCGAGUGCCAGCCGCAACCGGGGAGUGGACCUUACAGAGACAGCCCAGCCCACUAAAGGACCAUGUUGCAGUAACUAACUAGCUGGACACAUCUCAUCGUAUCUCCUCUCCUCGACUCGACUCUUCAUAACAUCUAGACAUGGGGCUCCUCUUCCUUCUCCUCCUCCUCCUCCUCCUACCACCCUCCAGCUCCCUGGAUUAGCUAAAGACUCUGUGUAGAUAUGUUUCUAAUACUUUUUUAUUUUUGAAGAAGACAAAAAAAAAAGAACAAAAAAAAGUAUGAUCAUCAGAUUAAUAGAUGCAUGUAUCACUACAAAGCCUAAAAAAAAGACACACACACACACACACACACACACACACACACAUACACACACACACACACAUAAACACAAAUACGCCCGUACACAUUUUGUAAUCUUUCAUGCACCAGAAAACUAACCAGUAGGAGAGUGUCCAAAUGCAAGAUAUGUGUGUAUGCAUACAGUACGUGUGGAUGUGGGUGUGUGUGCGCGGGUUUGUGCGUGUAUGUGUGGGUGUCUGAGCAAACAUGUCUUUCGGGAUGGACUGAUUCCUCACUCUGGGAGGCUUAAGCAUGAUGUGGAUGGAUGUAAAUGUGUGAAAUCCAGCUCCUACCAUCAUGCGCUCGAUGGGAAAGGUGUGUGUGUGUGUCUCUCUCAAAGCAUCGGACCCCAAAGCCUCCCCUUCCUUGCUCUACCUGGCCCGGGGCCACACCUGUAUUUGCAGUGAUCAUACAGUAUUGACGCAGGGUCAGACAAGGACUCUCCUUACAAACAAGCAUUCCUCCUUGGCCCUGUGGUUAAGUGUAGAGCCCCUGUUGCAGCAAUGCUUGGUGGCAGCGCACAGCCCCCACAUUGCUACUCUCCCCGUAAGAUCGGAGCCGAAAGUGCUGCAGGGUCUGUUGGUGUGGACUUGCCACAGCUAUGUUGCCUGACCAGUGCGGCACUUCUGAGAAACACGGUAGAUGUGUUACGUUUUCUGAGUGUUUCUCAUUCGAUUGAUGGACAUCAUGAUGUGCUUUAAGAGAGAGAGCAGAGAUCAUGGACAGUAAAAAGAAAAAGAAAGAAAAAGAGUUAAAAAAAACAACUGUGUAUUAUUCAGAACUUUGUUUCCAUUUCUGACACUUACACCUGUUAAACAUUUGCCUUUUCUGUAAUCAGUGGACGAGUAAAUUAAAUGCUUCUCGGACCUUAGGAGUUGGGCAUAGGUCCCUCUAUAUGGGGUAUGGGGUCAGCACAUGAUUACUGUUCUGGAGAACUUCCCCUCAGCACAGCCUAUACGAUAUCAAUAUAUUGUAAGAGAGCGCACUCCAGUGCAGCCUUUUUAUCAUUAAAGCAGUACAGGCCUAGGGGCUGUGUUUAGGCAGGCAAAAUUACAGACAUAGCUUGUUACCUCGCACUAGUGUACCUCAAAAAGAUCAGCCGUGUGUGUGUGUGUGUGUGAGAGAGAGAGAGAGAGAGCAGGGAUUUGUGCGUCACAUCCUUGCCAUGUAAACAAGAGAAAGCUGUUCCCGAGCGUAGAGCAGGUAAUCAUUAAUAUUUAGAACAGAGUGGGAUUAUGGAGGACUAAUGAGAAAUCUUGACAUUCAUGUCAACUCUUUUGCACUGCUUAAAUAUACCCUCAGCUUGUUUGCAAAGCAUAGGUUCCAAUUGUACAGUUUCCCAGAGCUACUCGACUGUGGGUGUAGAUUUUGUUUUGUUAUUUCAACAACCUGGUCAAGUAAUGUUCAAUGGUGGUCUUUUUAAAUAUACUUUGUGUUAUUAACGAAUCAAUUUGACAUUUACGCAGUGGUCUGUCUUGUAGUUUUAUCUGAAAGUUCUCUUUUUUUUUUUUUUUUUUUUUUCUUUCGAAGACUCCUAGCAACAAAUUGCACAAAUUUAAGGUGUGUUUUGGUCAUGAGCUGGUUACUGCCCAUUUGAUUAAAUUAAAAAUGAGUAGCCGUGGAAGUGCUAACCUACUGCUGAAAACACCAAAUGUAGCUGAAUGAACCAUGUGACUGUCAGAGAACCGAAUGGACAAAGUGAUGUAACGUCUUUAACAGUGACGGACUAUUCCUAAAGGAUUGUCCAGGUACUAGUUAAUAUUUUCAAUAAAGGGGAUGUAAUUGUGUACAUUUAA